GCCAAGCAUUUUGUUGCUGAACAAGACGGCAAUUCUUUAUAAAUGUUAUCCUCCAUACGUUAGCAUAAUUGGAACCAGAUUAUGAUUGCUGGUCAUUUUAACUAGUAAUCAGUAGCUGUAUAGCUGUAGUAAACUGCGAUGUCCAUUUCUAACCUCUCCAGUUCAGAGACACAAGAGGUCCGAACUCCACUCCUAAACGACACUGUUGAUGACUGCGUUGAUUAUAAGGGCAACCCAGUUUGUAGAUACAACUCUGGUGGAUGGAGGUCUGCAUCUUUCAUUAUAGGUGUGGAGGUGGCAGAGAGGUUUGCUUUUUAUGGAAUCUCUUCCAACUUAAUAAUGUAUUUAACUGGGCCGUUGGGUCAAUCAACCAUUACUGCGGCUAAGAAUGUGAACGUAUGGUCAGGCACAGCGUCGUUUCUGCCCUUGUUCGGUGCAUUUGUUGCUGAUUCUUUUCUUGGAAGAUGCAGGACUAUUAUUAUUGCCUCACUUAUCUACAUUUUGGGACUUGGCUUGUUGACUCUAUCAGCUAUGCUUCCUACAUCUGACUGUCAAAGUGACAGUAUGUCCUGUUCUUCUAAUACACUGCAAGUGAUUUUAUUCUUUAUUGCUCUCUAUCUAGUAGCACUUGGCCAAGGUGGGCACAAGCCUUGUGUCCCGGCUUUUGGAGCGGAUCAAUUUGAUAGACAAGACACCAAAGAGUACAAAGCCAAAAGCUCAUUCUUCAAUUGGUGGUAUUUUUUUAUGAGUUCAGGCAUCUUAGUAUCACUACUGGUUUUAACAUACAUUCAAGACAAUCUUAGUUGGAGUCUUGGAUUUGGAAUCCCAUUCAUUAUGAUGAUCUGUGCACUGAUCAUCUUCUUACUGGGAUCAAAGAAAUAUCGGUACAGUGUUAAAAGGGAAGGGAACAACGCACUUUUGAGAAUUGCUCGGGUCUUUGUGGCAGCUUUCAGGAAUUGGCGAUUUACUCCUUCCUCAAUAGCUUCUGAGGAAGAAGGUCGUGGAACUGUACCUCACCAAAGUUAUGAGCAGUUCAAGUUCCUAAACAAUGCGCUGCUUACAACAGAUGGCUCAAAAGAAGAUCAGAAGGUUUGUACCUUUAGUGAGGUUGAAGAAGCCAAGGCAGUUCUCAGGCUUAUUCCAAUAUGGACUACAUGCUUGGGAUUUGCUAUUGUGCUUCCACAGUCCUCAACUUUCUUUGUCAAGCAAGCAGCAACCAUGGAUAGAUCAAUUUCACCAGGUUUCGAGAUACCAGCAGCUUCACUUGAAAGCUUUAGCAGCAUUUCCAUGAUCCUCUGUAUUGCUAUCUAUGACCGUCUCUUUGUUCCUGUUGCAAGAGCUUUAACAAGGAAACCAUCUGGCAUUUCAAUGCUUCAGAGAAUUGGAACUGGGAUGUUUUUAUCUGCUGUUUCGAUAGCAUUUGCUGCUCUAGUUGAGAUGAAAAGGCUCGAAAUCGCUCAAGAAUCUGGUCUUGUCAAUGAACCAAAUGUGACUGUUCCAAUGAGUGUUUGGUGGUUAGUUCCUUCAUAUGCCUUGUUCGGAGUUGCUGAUGUCUUUACCAUGGUUGGUCUGCAAGAACUUUUCUAUGAUCAGGUCCCUAGUGAUUUAAAGAGUGUUGGUCUUUCACUAUACCUCAGUAUCUUUGGUGUAGGAAAAUUUCUUAGCAGCUUUCUCAUCUCUGUGAUUGAGAAAGCGACUGGUGGCAUUGGCUGUUAUAGCUGGUUCAACAAUAAUUUGAACCGGGCUCAUCUUGAUUAUUUUUAUUGGAUACUUGCUGCGCUAAGUGUGGUGGAAUUGAUUAUGUACAUGUAUUAUACAAGAUUUUACAUUUAUAGUAGGGAUGAGAGAAUCUAAGGCAAUGUUUUUCUUAUUACCAUCUCUCUGCAAUUACAAUUGUUGCAAGCAUGUAGCUUGUGGGGAGAGGAGUGGCAUAUACAAGGAACACAACAUCCUCGUUUGCUGCUAGUCUGCCACUGCUGUAAUUGGUCAAAAUAUUUGGUUAUCCAUUUUUGUUUGAAAUGUAAAUGGUCUCAGUAAAUUUGUAAUUGGCAACAAUUUUCUAAAUGUGUAUUUUAUAUGGUGACUGAUUGUCUGGUUUUUGUA